AUGUUAGCAUGCGGCAGAUCCAAGGGUGCCGUCUCGAUCUGGGAUACUGCUUCAUGGUCGCUCGAGAAAACCCUAAAUGACCACCACGGACAGGUUAACUCGUUAAAAUUCUCCCGAGACUCGAGACUAUUGGUAUCAGGAGCAAAAUACGAGCAGAUAAAAAUCUGGAGCACUUUUGACUGGUCUACAAUCAGGACGCUGGAUGGUUCCGCAUCCGUUCAAUUCUCACUAUCGCAUGACAGCAGUCUACUGGCAUCAGUGUCAGAUCUACUCGUCAGAAUCUGGGAUAUGACUAUGUUGCUGAACGAGGCAAACAAGUCCCAUGAUCAAACGUCCCAAGGCUCGCCGAAUCGUGUUCGCGCGGCACUUGAUACUGAACCGAUCUUUUCAACCGAUCUGGAGCGAGUUGCACUAUUGAAGAGACAUAGCCGCGUCAUAAUCAGUCAGACUUCCACUGGGGUUAUUGAGAAGCAACUAAACAUAGCAUUUCCUGAAUUACCUGAACUAUCCCACGAUUGGAGUCUAUUUGCCUAUAUCACUGCACCAUGUCGGUCGAAUAUCCCAAAAAACGAUGCUUUUGUCAUAGGAGAAACACUCUCUGGGAUCACAAAGCAUCGCAUACCCUCAUAUGGUGGUUUAAAGGGCAAAUUUUCAUUUGAUAUGGAAUCUUUCGCUUUCAUCGGAAGUAAAGGUCACAUCAGGAUUUAUAAUGUGAAGACAGGAGCACGAACUCAUUCAUUGAAUGCCGCGGAAAGCCGGCAUCUAUCACGCGAACGAGCGGGAGGAAUCCUUUUCUCGCGCGACUCGAGGCUGGUGGCUAUUGAAUAUCCAAAACGUGUCAUAAUUUGGAACCUGGAACUGCACACUGUCGAGCCCCUAUUGAUCGAGGGUUCUUUUGGGCGGGUUAGGUGGGUUGAGAAGGUCGCUUUUAGCGAUGAUUCAAGCUUAGUGGCCGUCUCAUCGCGGGCCUUUCGACCGGACGGAUAUUCAAACCAAUCUCUUGAGCAUUUGAUUUUCAUAUGGAAUACACAUACUGGAACAUCCAGUCACACCAUCGCAAUUGUUGAUUCUCGACCAAUCAGUUAUCAACCCAGCAGGUUGUUCUUCGAUCCUGAUAAUAGGUGGCUGGUUGCUGGCUUCCGCUGCCUUGCUAUGCCAACCAGUGAUCUAAACCCCCAAGAUGAUAGUGCCACAAGGAUUGUCGUUAGCAAUGCCGAAUACCUAGGCUUUUAUUUUAACUCAAUAAUUGACCUAUCAUGGAUUGAGUUUAAGGGGAAAAGAGCGUUCUACAUACCACCAGACUAUCGGCCAUUCUACCGAGGUUCUUGGGCAGGCGGCGAUGUUUACAAUAUCGACAUCACCCGAUCAGCUUCAACAUCACCCGUCGCUACUACAACGAUGGCCGUGCGGAGUAGAACUGGGAGGAUUUGGAUGACGAAGCUUUCUGAGACGGAAUUUGAGAAAGAGACAAUGAACGGUGUGAACAGCUCAGAUACAAUGAAGAAAUCUUUAGCGGCACUUGAUAAAAAGGCUGAGCAUGAGAGAAAGAGGAGGAGGCAACUCGAUACAGGCAGAUCUGCAGAUGCCUAG